AUGGUAAGCUUUGUAUGGAAGGCGGGGCUGUUCAAACCGCUGUGUAGCUGCGUGCGACCACUACAGCUAGACCUAUCAGCCGACGACUCCGACACUAUCCAGAUCGAAAGCAGCCAACCUACCCGACAAGCUAGGAAGGGCACCGCUACCAACAAAGAUCUACUUACCGCGUUAACCAAGAUCAUCCAGCAGCANAAUGAAACGAUCCAGAACCUUAAACGCGAGACUAGAGAGAUUAGAAAGAACCAGCAAGCGAUUAUCGACCAUAACGUGAAACUUAUUAACGAGAUCGCUGAGCUAAAGACACGCGUCGAUGACCUCGUGGCAGCAACCUCUG